AUGCAUUUGCCGCUUCCUUACAAGACCAUUGAGGACUCCUACAGGGAAAGCCUGGCGGUUCGCGAGGCAAAACUGCAGCAGCUGCAAGAGGCCAUUGCUGCGGCGAUUUCCGCCGGAGCUGUUUCUGCGGUAGAGCCUUCAGGCGAAGUCACAGGCCUCAUUUGGGUUAGUGAAAAACCCAAAAAUGGAAAAGUGGAAAAUAUCGAAAUGCGAUUUAAAGAGUUGGGCGACGGCGUGAACUACUUGGGUUUGUUCUGGCGUUUGCUGAGCGGGGCCUCUGAGCAGUCGAGUUUGUCUUUAGUUUCUUUUUCUUUCUUUUGCAAUUCCAUUUCCGAUUUAAUUUACACUUACAAACUCGGACUCCGCCCCACACACUUCUUUCGAAUUCCCAAAAAGCCCCAAAACUCUCAAGUCCCUUUCAAGUACACUUCCGAGGCCCCUUUGCCUUGGGCCCCCAACGAGGAGCUCACCCUCACCCUCAAAAGCAGACUUCUCGACAGACAACUCGCCCAUGAAGAAAAAAGACUCCAACUUCUCCGCAAACAGCUCACAGUGGCCCCCAGAGAGGACUUGGGGGCCCCUAGGGGGCCCCCCAGGACCCCCAGCACUGCCAGUUCCUUAGGGGACCCGGAGACCCCUGACUCCCUUGACUCUUUCGAGGCCCAGGGGCCCCCCCAGUCCCUGGGGGCCCCCGAGGCCCUGGGGGCCCCCGAGGCCUUGGGGCCCCCCCAGUCCCUGGGGGCCCCCGAGGCCCUGAGGGCCCCCGAGGCCCUGGGGGCCCCCGAGGCCCUGGGGGCCCCCGAGGCACUGGGGGCCCCCGAGGCCUUGGGAGCCCCCGAGGCCCCGGGGCCCCUGGAGGCCCUUGAGGCCCUGGGGGCCCCCGAGGCCCCUGAGGUCCCGAAAGUCCCAGGGGCCCCCGGGGCCCCCAAAGUUCCUGGGGCCCCCAAGGCCCCUGGGGCCCCCGGGGCCCCCACAUUAGGAAGUUUGGAGUCCGCGGGGGCCCCCCCCCCGCUGCCAGCAGCGUGGGGGCCCCCCUCGUCUCAGGAGUACCCUGUUGCUGAGGUGGGGAGGGUUGAGGGGGGCCCCCCCGGGGCCCCCCUGCUCUUGGGGGGCCCCUCUGGGGCCCCCUCUUCGUGGGGGCCCCCCUCCGGGGGCCCCCCUCCGGGCACUGGGGGGCCCCCCGAGCUGGGGGCCCCCCGGGGGGCCCCUGGAGGCGCGCAAGAGGCGAGAAGUGGGGCGGGAGAAGUGGAAAAGGAAAAGGAAAAAGAAAGUCUGGAAGUGAAAGAAGUAAGAAGGGAAAAAGAGUUUGGGUUUGAAAAAGAAACAGAGGGAAUAGCUUGGUACAGAUCUGUAGCUGGCGUUGCAUGCAUGCUUUUGGGGCUUAGUUUGUUUAUGUUGCUUUGCUUUCGCUGCUGCAUGCGCCGCGGGCGUCUCCCCAGCAGCAGCAGCAGCAGCAGCAGCAGCAGCAGCAGCAGCGGCGGCGGCGCGGCGGCGGCGGUGGCAGCAGCAGCAGCAGCAGCAGCAGCAGCAGCAGCAGCAGCAGCGCGCAUGCAGCCCCAAAACCCCGAAGCUGAACACAAACGCCCAGCCCCCCGCAUGCAAGGAUAUGCGCAGAUUUCGGAUUUGCAUGCAGUUGACUCGGAAGCCCCAAAAGAGGGGGAAAGAGAUACUUGGUGGCAGCAGGAAGACGCAGACAGUUUCCCCGCAGCAUGA